AUGCUUCUGAAAUUUUUAGUACUUAAGGACCGUCAACACACCCUAGUUGCAAGUACACAAGUGGAGCAACGUGGAUUGAGUAUGGGCAUAGAACUGGAUAACAUGACCAGAGGUUUAGGGACUAGGAUACCAGUUGUGAUAAAGGAAGGGAAAAGAAGGCCGGAGGCACCUAUGCAAGCUGCAAAACUAGCUUCUGAGGGUGGGAUCAUACUCAGGCAACAUGUACCCAUCUAUACAAGUUGGAAAGAGUACAGGAAGGACAAGGAUCAAUUCAAUGACCAAUUGAACAACUUCAUUGGCAAACUAUCUAUACAAUUGAACAUGACUGGUGAAAAGGAUAGUGUAACUUCUGCAUGUGCUGACAUACUAAAGCGAGGAACCAUCCAAAUGAGGUAUCGGCUCAAGAAGAAAUACUUUGAUGGGGUACCGGCAAAUCAAGUUAGGACUACAUCACCAUGUUCAUCUAUGACUGAUGAGGAAUGGAGAAAGUUGGUGGAUACGUGGUCAGACCCUAGACACAAGGAAAAAUGUGUGAAGAGCAAACUGAACCGUGCAAAAGUUAAGUUUCAUCAGUGUACUGGAUCUCAGUCUUACAUUGCAGUAGCCUAUGUCGCGAAGCAAGAAAAAUACAAAGGUAUAGAGCCCACUGCAGUUGAUCUUUUCAAGUUGACACAUUGCAGCAAAACAAAGGGUUACUGUGAAUCUGCCAAGAAAGCUGUAGAUGAUAUGGAAGCAAUUAUGACAAGAUCAGUACAAGAAGGGGAGCAAGAAAAGACUUGCACAGAGAUUGUUUCCCAAGUGCUGUCAAAGUCUAGCACAUUCCUUCGCAAUGUGGGACUUCAGCAGCCUGUUGCCGCUGUAAAAACUAUUUCGCCACAGAUGCAAGAGAUACAAGCUCAAUUGGAGGCUGAGAAGGAGGAAUCUGCAGGACUUCGGCAUAAGCUCCAGAGGUUAGAAGACCAAGCACUAGAAUCUGAGACAAAAGCUAAGAAACAGGAUGAGGAGAUUGAGAUCCUAAAGAAGGCAACAGCAAAUACUCAUAAGCUCAUUCGGCAGAUGAUAUCAUUUGGACAGAGUCAGGUCACUCAUCAGACCACUCCUUAACUUUGUGGUGCUCAGGUUGUUGGACUCAUUUUGGUGAUCUGUGAAGUGUGGUGUGACUGAGUGGAGUCCAACACAAUGUUUUUAUCCUUUUGGCAUGAUUGGAGUAGUGUGCUAUUUCUGUUAGUAUAUGGUGAUCUAUCCUGUUGUUGCUGUUGACGGUCCUUAAGUAUCAAAUUUAAUUAUCAAAUAAAUAAAGAAAAGGAUCCAA